CCUGCUGUGACUGUACUAGCAGUACCUCAGGCUCCGUACCUCAUGACAGACCACCGUGAACCCCUCGGACACGCGACUCAAGGCGAGGCCCAGAGAUGGGUAGCAGAUGAGUAUUACGAACUGAAUGGUACCCACUAUGAUAUCUUGGACGAACUACCCACACCUCUCGAGUUCUCUAGGCUAGUACACAUCUCCAGACCUGUCCUUAUAAAAGCUAGUGAGAUGCCCGGUGUGAUUUCUCUCUGGACGGACGAAUACCUCACUCGGCGGAUGGGUGACCGGGAGAUAUCCAUCGCUGUCACCCCGACUGGACGCGCAGACGCGAUUACCCGUAAUCGCGGUGGUCGGCUGUACUUCACCGAGCCUCAUGUAGACAAGAUGACAAUAGGGAGCUUCUUGGACAAAAUCACUUUAGACCCAGCCGAUGCAACUUCAGCGGACAGAGAAGUGUACUACCUCCAAUCGCAGAACGGCAACAUGUUUACUGGGCGCUACUUCGAUUCGACAAGCGAUCCAGACUCGUCAGAGUUCGAACCGCUGCGCGAGGAUGUUCCUAGCGAGAUAACAUGGUGCAGCGAAGCACUCGAUAGGUGUCCGGACGCAGUCAACUUAUGGAUAGGAAAUAGUGCGAGUGUCACAAGUGUGCACAGCGACCCAUACGAGAAUAUCUACUCCGUUGUUCGCGGAGCGAAACACUUCACAUUGUUCCCGCCCACUGAAGGCUGGUGUUUACAAGAACGUAGCUACCCACAUGCUCGCUAUGUCCGGUCAGAAGCUACAUCUCGGUUGGAACAUAUUCCGUCACCACCAACAACACCUGAGGUCCGCUGGUCCUCGGUUCUCGACCCGACCGACUCAACUUCCCUUCCUCCAGAGGCGCAUCCUAUUCAUAUAACUGUUGGUGCCGGUGAGACGCUGUACCUCCCGGCUGGUUGGUGGCACUACGUCCGCCAGUCGGAGGUAACUAUUGCCGUCAACCAUUGGUAUGACAUGGAAAGUCGUGGAGCAUCUUGGGUGUGGCUCAAUUUGCUCAGAGGAGUGGGCGACCCUCCUCCGGGAAAUGGCUACGUAGAACAGACAUCACAUGUUACAGAGGGAUCAUCUAGAUGCAACUGCACAUAGUAUCACUGACGUUGACCAAGAGGAAUUAAUAUUCUCGAUUGCCCUGUCUCUGUGCUGACAGGACACAUAACCC